AUGCUUCUUCAUAUUUCAAAGUUGACCGAAGACGUGUUCAAGAAUGGCGGAAGCAAAAAAAAGACUUUGAAGCCAUUAAAGACAAUAAAUAUCAACCAAGUACGGGUACUUGAAGGUCGUGGUCGAAAAGUAACCUACCCUAUACUAGAAAAGGAACUGUUGAAGUUCAUUAAAAAGAGAAGAGAAGAAAGGGGUGCUGUAACAACAUCUAUGAUCAUAAAAAAAGCAAAAGAACUGGGUAAAGUUUUAGAUGCUAAAGAUUUAAAGUUUUCACGUGAUAUACCUAUAGUCGUUAGAAAUUUUCUUCAAAGUUCACGUGAAAAAAUUUAUAAUAUCGACAAAAAAUUUGGUUUAUCUUUUGAUGAAACUCCUAUGUACUUUGAUAUGCCACGAGAUUCAACAAUAGAUUUUAAAGUAGCAACUGCACCCUCUACUUGUAUGACAGGAGAUUUAAUGAUUUCUACUUACAUUCCCCGAGUGAUUCGAGCAAGGCCAAAUGGAUUUUUCAAGAGUAAGGGUAUACUUUUUGUUGAUGAACACCGUAGUUAUAUUCAUGAUGAUGUACUUAAGGCGUUGAAUAUAGAGGGCUUAGAGGUUUUGCAAAUACCAGGUGGGACAACUAGCGUUUUGCAGCCUCCCGAUGUUUCAAUGGAUAAAGAAAAACAAGAACAUACUAAAAAAGGCAACUUAAAAAAAGUAUCAUAUGAACUAGUCUGUGAAUUGAUUGCAAAGACAUGGAGAGAAAUCAGCACAAAUAUUUUGGUUAAAUCUUUCGAAGCUACAGGUCUUAUACUUAACCCUAAUGGAAGUGAAGAUAAUAAAUUGUCAAAAUGUCUCCGGGCUAUUACUGAGAACAAUCCUGAUGAAUCACUGAUUGAAGAUACACAUUCUGAAAACAAGUCGAAUUACAACAAUGAUGGUGCAUGGGAUUAUAAUGAUUCAAAUGAUACUGAACCCGACUAUGAUAAUAAUACUGAACCUGACUAUGAUAAUGAAAGUAUUACGGGUAAUGAAGCUAUGCAAAUAGAUCUUGAUUAUGAAAGUUUUAUGGAUAAUGAAGCUAUGCAAAUGUAUGAAUCAAUGGAUCUUGAUUAA